GACGGAUUAAAGGAUUAUUCAUCAAGGUACGGGUAAGUCUUUUAUAAAUUAUUAUACUGAGAUCUUAUUUUGCGCCCUGUGGGAGGUCACAAUAUGGGGAAUUCUGACUAUGAAUCUUCAAGCGAAGAGGAACAACCGGUGGUUGACGUCCACGAAGAAAACAAAUUACUGAAGAAGCUCAUCCAAAAAAGGAUGGUACAGGAAAAAUUACAGGCGGACACAAUAGCAAGGCUAAUGGAAGCCAACAAAGAACUAAAAGAGCAGAACAAAAACAUUCUAAGAAUGCUGGAGGAUAAUAGAAUGGAAAUGAAGACCAAGCGCGAAGCCGACGCGAAAAAGGAAGAAGAAAGGAAGAAGGAAUCCGACAGAAGAAGAGAAGCAGAUAAGAAAAGGGAAGCAGAAAAGAAAAAAAGAGAAGAAAAGAAAAAGAGGAAACAAAGAAAAUCGAAUCAGAGGAAAAAGAAGAAGAAAAGAAAAAGGCCGAAGAAGAGAAGAAGAAAAAAGAAGAUAUAAUUAAAAAGAAUAAGGAGGACGCAAAGCGGAUUACCCAAUCCGUUAAGCCAGUCCUCCUAAAGAAGACUAACCCUGGGGCCAGCUCGAGCAGCUCGGCACCCACAGAAGAAAACGGCCAAAACCCGACCCCUCAAGGAACAAGCUCGAGCAGCUUGACUUCCGAGACAGGCGACAGCAAGAAUACAGACGACAUGAUGGAAACGGAUGAAGUUACCACUCCUGAAGGAAACAACGACGGUUUCACCCUCGUGGAAAGAAAGAAGAGAAAAAAACCAGGAAACGAGUCGGACAGCGAAAGCGAAGAUACACAGAACCGGAAAAUAACUGACACAAAAGUGGUUCCCGAAGAAAACUCCGGAAAAACAAAGGCCACCAGCAAACCCAAACCACCGCCAAUAAUUUUAGCAAGGGCAGGUAGAUGGUUCCAGUUGAGACUGGGACUCAGAGAUCGGGAGAUCCGCUACUUGUCCACCGUUUAUAGAAACGGUGAGCUAAAAAUUUGGCCCGAAACAGAAGAAGAUUACAGAAGAAUGCAGAAGUAUUUUAUAGAAAUGGAGGAAAAAUUCCAUUGUUUUACUCUUAAAGAAGACAAACCUUACAAGGCAGUCAUCAGGGGUAUCCCCGAGGAUACUGACCUCAAAGUAAACAACGAAAAAGAUUCAAUAAAUAAACCUAAAGAUUUAACCAUCAUAAAUAAUAAUAAUAAUACAACUAAAGAAACAAACAAAGACAAAACCAACAUAGACAUACAAACUAGAGACCAUAGAAUUAAAAGUAAUAUUCCGAUUUCCGUAAAUAAAACUAAUGAAGACAAAAACGCGAACGACAGUAAAACUAACGACAAAAAUACACAAAUAAGCAACGCAACCGGCCCCUCAGGCAUGCAACAAACUGACAUACUAGCCCGCCCCUCAGGCGAUAACAACACGGAAAUGGACAUAGACUCAGACAAUGAGUCAAGCUCUUCAAGCGAUGAAGAAGGGUUUAGAAGCGAUGAAGUUUUUGCUAAGUUUAAUGUUUGUUUAACUAAAUUAUCAUACAAAACUAGUAUUUCAAAUCUUCGGCGACAUUUGCAAAGCAAGCACCCCACCGUAACUGUACCAAUUCCUAAAAUGAAAAGUAGUGUUAAUACCGGCACUCGUAAUAUAAAUAAUACUGAAACUUACACUAAUCCGCAGAGUAAUGAAAUUACCGAUGUCCAUGCAGGGCCGAGUAGUUCGACAAAUAAAGAAAAUAAUAUAAAUCUUAAAAGAAAAACAAAUAAUUCCGGUCAACUACAAAUAUCAUCGUUUGUAUCGAGACCACUUGUUUUAAACUGUAAGGAAUAUAUCGAUGGUAAAUUGAUUUUACUUUUUACAAAAAGUUUUCAACCGUUUAGACUGGUAGAAGAAACUGCUUUUAAAGAUUUUGUUAACCCCUUAAACCCCAAUUAUGAGUUGCCAAGCAGGCAUAUGAUUUCCCACACUAUGAAACCCGUUAUGUAUGACAAAUGUAAGAUACGCGUGCGAGACCUAAUUAAAGAAGCAAGAAAAGUAUGUAUAUGUAUACCAACAGAUAGUUGGACAUCUCACAAUAAUGAUAGAUACACAGCAGUUACAGCUCAUUACAUCGACGAUCACCAUACUUCAGAAAAUUUGGCCAAAGAACUUCAUAGAAUUGUCGGAUUGGGGAGUUCAGGAUAA